AUGGAGAGAGGUCUACAAGUCCUAUCAAGGUGGGCUAUUCCAAUUUUUAUUGGUGGCUCGCUUGCACAAGCUUCUCUCUACGAUGUCAAGGGUGGUUCUCGCGCUGUGAUUUUUGACAGGCUAUCUGGGGUUCGGGAGCAGGUCUCUAACGAGGGGACACAUUUCCUUAUUCCAUGGCUACAAAAGGCUAUCAUUUACGAUGUCCGGACCAAGCCAAGGAAUAUCAGCACCACGACCGGUAGCAAAGACUUGCAGAUGGUGAGCUUGACGCUCAGAGUAUUGCAUAGACCUGAGGUCAAGAUGCUUCCCAAGAUAUACCAGUCCCUUGGCCUCGAUUACGACGAGCGUGUUCUCCCUUCCAUAGGCAACGAAGUUCUCAAGGCCAUCGUCGCGCAAUUUGAUGCUGCAGAACUUAUCACACAAAGAGAAGCAGUCUCACAACGAAUCCGAGCUGACCUACUCCGACGUGCUUCCGAGUUCAAUAUCGCUCUAGAGGACGUAUCAAUCACGCACAUGACCUUUGGAAGAGAAUUCACCAAAGCUGUCGAACAGAAGCAAAUUGCACAGCAGGAUGCCGAAAGAACAAGAUUCAUUGUGGAGAAGUCUGAGCAAGAAAGGCAAGCAAAUGUCAUCAGGGCCGAGGGAGAAGCAGAGAGUGCUGAAGCGAUUUCGAGGGCCAUUGCUAAGAACGGUGAUGGGUUGCUUCAGAUCAGAAAGAUUGAGGCAAGGAGAGCUAUCGCAGAGACGUUGGCGAACAACCCGAACGUUACAUAUCUGCCCGGUGAAGGAGGCGAUAAGAAUAGUAAGGGAACAGGGCUGCUACUAGGUCUGAGGUCAUGA